AUGCAUUUCUCAUAUUCGUCUGCCCUACUUUCGCUCCUGGCUCUAUCUUCCAGCACCCUCUCCGUCGCCUCCUCACUGACCGUCGCCCUCCCAUCCUCCGCCCGAAUCGGCUCGAUCCCGUCAUCUACCUACGCAACUCUCACGACUAUCUCUCAGCCAAAUGGGCCUCUAAAGGCGCCAUUGUCCCAUCUCUCGACAUUUGUGUUCGAUGAUCUAUCACUUCCUACAGCACCCAAAGGCGCCGAAAAGCCGAUAUCGUAUCUCCUAGAUAUCCAUUCAAAAAGCCAUGUCUUUGCGCCCUACAGAGUCGACGUCUCUUCGGAGACGGGAAAAAUAAUCGGUGUCUGGGAAACCUACCGUGGUAAUCCAUGGGAUAAUAAAGGGCCUGAGAAGAUUAUUUCAGGCGGUGAUUAUGAGCCCGGAGUGGUGGUUGUCGAGGCAAAGGUGCUUGCGAAGAAGGACUUUUAUGAGCAAAGAGAGAAAUUCUCUCCGUUGACGUUGUUGAAGAACCCCAUGAUUCUUCUCGCCGUCUUUGCCUUGGCUGUUACGUUUGGAAUGCCAUACCUGAUCGAGAACAUGGACCCUGAAACCCGCGAAGAGUUUGAGAAGCAGCGUGCUUCAAAGAAAACGAAUCCUGCCAACGCAGCUCAAGGCUUUGACUUGGCUGGAUGGAUGGCUGGAACAAAUCCUAACCUGAUUGACACUGGUAAACCAGCAGGUUCUAGUGGGCGGGAACAGGAAUCAGCCGCUGCAUCCAUGCGAAGAAGAGGCUAA